UCUCCUGAAACGCAGGAUAAAUUCUCCGAGCUUCUUGUCAUUCCCCAAGCAGACGGCAAGCUCCUUGUCCCCACGGUCUCCUUCGCAAUGCUCGCAAAUCCACUUCUCCGGUUUUCAGGGCACAUUGAAUUGCGACCCUUGCCAUCCAACAGUACGCUUUCUAGCAAAACCUUGCCUUCCGAUCACAUAAACGUAGGGGCGGACGCAUUGCAAGGCGCCCCCCAGCAACCUCAACAGCACGUCGAUGUUCAUCAAAAUCAUAAGAUCUCGAAACCAUUUCGCCGGAAAAUCAGCAGAGCCUGCGACCAAUGCAACCAACUCAGAAUGAAGUGCAACGGCCAAAGCCCUUGCGCCCACUGCGUCGAAUUCGGCCUAGGCUGCGAAUAUCGCCGAGAGCGAAGGAAGUGUGAGCAAGCCUCGCGUAAAGAUCUCCCGUAUCGAGACAUAUUCAGCCGCCGACUCAGCUGCGCUAUUAACACCCGUCAACCUUGUGAGCUCCUGUCGACAAGACAACUCAUUUUCAGUUGAUCCAGCCUCCGAACAUACGACAGGCCACAGUGCAUGCAGUGCGUUUUCGAGUGCCGAGAGCUCAUACGACCCGGACUGGACAGCUAUCUCUGACCUCGCCGAGCCGAGACGUAUCCAGAACCGCAUUGGUCAGAGAAAUUAUCGCAAGAAGCUUAAAAGACGUCUUGAAGAUCUCGAAAGACGGGCAGGAUCAUCCUCGACUUUUCUAUCUCAGGCGCAAGAAGAAAACCAGUAC